GCGAGCGUGUCCUUCUGCCGGCCUCUUGCCCUUCGCGCAUGCUCAGUCGGCGCUGCAGCGUUGGAACUUGGCAGCCGAUGCUCGACGGCCGCUGAGGUGAAGGAAGAGGAUGAUGGGUGCGUUGCUUCCGAGCUCCUGAGCGUGCCCUCUCUGUAGCCAUGGGGCUGGGCGCCAGCUCGGAAGUCCCCGACGGGGGCUCCGAGGGAUAUCAUGUGCACGGGGUUCAGGAAAACUCCCCCGCUCAGCAGGCUGGACUGGAGCCGUUCUUUGAUUUCAUUCUCACUAUAGGACACACCAGGCUGAACAAAGAAGGGGACACCUUAAAAGACCUGCUGAAAGCCAAUGUGGAGAAGGCUGUGAAACUGGAGGUCUAUAACAUAAAAACAAUGAAAGUGCGUGAGGUGGAGGUGGUCCCCAGCAAUAUGUGGGGAGGGCAAGGACUUCUGGGCGCCAGCGUGAGGUUCUGUAGCUUUCAAGGAGCCAGUGAGCACGUGUGGCACGUGCUGGAUGUGGAGCCUGCUUCUCCUGCAGCGCUGGCUGGCCUGAAGCCGCACACUGAUUACAUUGUUGGAUCGGAUCAGAUACUGCAGGAGUCAGAAGAUUUCUUCUCACUAAUUGAAUCCCACGAGGGGAAACCCUUGAAGCUGAUGGUCUAUAACACAGAAUCUGAUUCCUGUCGAGAGGUUUUUGUAACCCCCAAUGGAGCCUGGGGUGGUGAAGGAAGUUUAGGAUGCGGCAUUGGAUAUGGUUAUUUGCACAGAAUUCCAACGCAGUCUGUUCUACCAAAGAAAAAGCCAGAAGCUGGGCCCCCUCCUCCUUUGCUCUUGGGAGACACACCUCCCGAACCACCAACUAAUGGCUAUACAGAGGCUCCUCUGUUGGCAUCCAGCUUCCAAAGCGAAGAAGCUGCAAGCUUAGAGUACAACACAGAUGACAGUGUAAAUAUGUAUCCAAUAGAAAAUUCUCUUCAUCCUCCUCCACCUGUCCAGAGAGUCAUGGAUCCAGGUUUUAUAGAUAUGUCUGGAGCUUCUUUUCCUGAAUUAAUUGACUUAGUGAAAACAGUCAAUGUGCCUUCCUCUACUUCUUUCAACUUAACAGAAACUGUCACAGCAACCGAUGGCUUGCUAGCUAACAGGGGAGUUCAUUCACACUUUGACCAGACCUCUAUUCCAGUCUCUGAAGAUUCAACAUCUUAUGUAGAGGGCUUGAGUCCUCAGCCAGAGUUGAAUGAAGUGAUGCCUUCAGUUUCUCCUCUACCAUCCCCUCCUAUGGAUAUCUCUGUAAAUGUAACAUCUAAUGCUGAUGCCGGUGCUCAAGAAACUGUUCUGCUUUCAGAUAGAACUGAAUUUGUAAUGCCCGAAGUGUUACAUCCUGACAAUGAGGAUGAAAAUGCCCAGACUCUGAUGGAAGAAAGUGAACAGAACUAGGUUCAGAAAUGACACCACUUGUCAUGUGCUCUAAGGAUAUUAAUACUAGAAAAUAUGCCUUUAAUGCCCAGAAACAUCCAUUCUGUUGCUGUAUUACAGCAAGUGUAAGAAUUUAAACUGUGUCCAGGAGCAUCUAGACAGUCUCUCAUUGUUUGAUGGGUUUGGACAUUUGUGUAACUCCUGCUCAGCAAUAACACUAGCAAUUUGAUAUGGAAUAAGUUCUUUUUAAAAAUGCUAACUUCUAGGAACUGUUAAUCUCUAUAUCCUAAACUGUUAAGCAAGAUUGUUGCAAAAAAGUGCAGCUAAUAGCACACCAGUUUGAUUUUUAGUAGAGCUUUUUAACCCUUUCUGGGUUUCAGUUUUAAUUGUGACCAUUGUUCACUGAUUUUAUUUUUCAUCUCACAUCAUUUCAUUUCAGUGUUUUCUAAAUAACUUUCUAACCUGACCCAUUUUAACGCCAAUGUAGAAAAUGCUGACUCAUGAUAAAAAUAGUAUGUUUAAUUUGCUUUUCAAAUUCCAAGGCUAUAACCCAGCUUCCCCUUCCCCAGAGUCACAGUGCUUGUCUGCAGAAGGGCUGCCUUGAACUCAUAGCUCCCUCCCAGGCAGAUCCAAGUGAGAUGUGAUAUCCUCUCCACUCUGUGGCACAUUUGUAGUUUCUGGGAGAUGUGGAAGCAUACACAGACCUGACCACUGUACAUAUAUGCCAAAGAAGGAAGGAAACAUUCUGCUGUAACAAGAGUUUGAACUGAAACUAUUUUAUUCUUUUGGAUACCUUACUUGUUACUGAAACAAUCUUGUAACUGAUGGGAAGGCCUUGAAAAAGUCGUUUCAAGGUGAAAAUACUUGAGCAAUGUAGUUUUAGACUUGGAAUUAGAUGUUGCUGAAAUCUUUCUUUUCAACCUUUGUAAAUUAAAGGCUGUGAUCCUAAAUAUGUAUGUAUGGGUAAAAAUAA